CUGUAAACGGUUCAAAGCUGCUACUCGCUGAUUUAAAGUUGUGAAAAAAUCUUCACCACGUGGUAGGAUAUCUGAAAUGAUAACAUUGAUAUUCGGGUUCAAAGUUUAAUAUCCUUAGAGAGGCAAUCGUACUUUUUAAGAAUAACUUCAACAUUGUCAUUCGAAUUGUUGGUACCAACAUGUACCAAAAUCAAAUGGUAUCGAUUGUCCAAAAAGGAUUUAACCUUUCUAUCAUUGCACCAGGAAAAGAAUGUAAAUCUACUUCAUAAUUCAGAAGAUUCGCAGGUAAAUAUUCAUCCAAAUAUUUAACCAUUGAAUCUCCAAUUAUAAGCAAUUUCAUCUUUUUUGGUUGCAUAUCGGCAAAACAAACACAACUACAAAUCGAAACACAGAUCAAUAAUUUGGUAAUAUAUACUGUAAAUAAAAUGCAACUAUAAAUUAAAUGAAAAUCAAAUCAAACACUAAUCAUAAAUAUAACAAAAUACAAAUAAUUAUUAAUAGAAAAAAAAAAGUAAAUAGCUCAAGUAAUGCGAGAAAAAUGGCGCAAAAAAUACACACCUCACUCGCGCUAAUAUUAACACGUGAACUAAAUUCGCGCCAAUUCUUCAGCUUGCGGAAAAAUUUACGGAAAAAAAAAUAACGCCAAAUGCUCGCCAAGCUUUGUUGCCAACAGAGAUAUCAAAGGUACAUAUCCGGUGAUGACGUAGAACACACUUCCGGGUUCCGAUUUGCGGAAUUCUGUAAAACUCAGCUUCGAGCAAUGUAGAGGUGAGACAGACUGGUUGCUAUGCAAUAAACGUCACUUCCGCACGGAAUCUCCACUUCAUUUUCCGCCGACGGAAUUUGAAGGGGUCAGACUCGCUCUCCCAUUCGCUGUCGAGUGGAAAGAGAAUCCCGACUGGUUUUCCGAUAUCGAUCUCGACAGGUGUCCAGACUAGACCCCUUAGUUACGGGUUGUGUUACUUAGGAAGGAAGUAAAAAUACGCUUCCAGACUAGGCGAUAAGCUUGAAUUUUCGACCUGCGGGCAGAAAGACGUAGCGGGUGCAAAGUGAGAUAUCUUUGUUGUUUGUUUUCGUAAAAUCAUAAAACAUGUUGGAAAGCAUGCAGACUUAAUAACUUCUUUCUAAUUUGAGAAAGAUAAAAUACGCAUGAGAUACAAAUUAUAUUUACUUAUUUAAGUAAUUAUCUACAUGAAAUAGGAGGAUAUAUAAUUAUAUACAAUUAUUACCAUAUGAAUUACGAUUCAAAUGUAACAUUAUUAUUUAAGGUUAAUUUAAAACUACUAAAAAUUUCAGCUGAUUGAAAUCGACUUUGAAUGCUCUCACUUCUGUAUAUAAGUCUAAAAGGGAGCUAGCUGUAAAAUGAUUCUUGAUGCUAUUUACGAAGUAGAUGAACAAAGUGAUUGCCCAGAUAACAAGAGGGUAUCUGUUAACAAUAAGCCUGCUAUUUUUAAGCAUAAAGAUAAUGUUGAUAUUAGUCAAGCCAAAAAAGAAAUUGAAAUUGCAAAGGAAGAAUGGGAUCAAGUUGGAUCAACACCUAAAGCAAUUUUACCUGUUCAUCUUCAGAGUGUACCAGUUUCAUGCGAUGAAGUGUUGAAUUAUUUUCGUUCAAAGAACAUGAGCCAAUAUUUGAAAUGCAUAAAACCUGUAAAACAAAGAAAGGGUUUAGAAGCUUUAAAACACUGGAUUAUUGGACCACCAAAGUUACAUAGCAGUUUGGUAUCUGAGAGAAACUUAUUAUUUGCUAUUGCAAUGUGUCCUUUUGAUACAAGUGAUGAGAUUCAUAUGAGAGUUCUGCAAACUUUGUACAAAUCUUUGACUGGAGCUGAGAAAGAUUGUCCUCGUUAUGGGAAACAUUGGGAAGAUGUUGGUUUCCAAGGUAUUGAUCCUGGAACUGAUCUGAGAGGGGUUGGUUUUCUGGGACUUAUUCAUUUACUUUCAAUGAUUCUGAACCCAGCUACUGCUGAACUUGCUAAAGAAAUUUCUACUGUAUCAAAAACUGAGAAACAGAAUUUUCCCUUUUGCACCAUGGGAAUCAAUAUAACAAGAAUAGUUCUAGAAACAAUGCGAGAGGAAGUUCUUAACAGGGAAUGCAAUAGGAAAAUGGAUGUUUUUCAAGUUACCAAUGAUUUUUAUGCUGGUGUAUUCCUUCAUUUGCAUUUUAUUUGGUGUGAACAGAAUAAGACAAUCAUGGACUCAGGAUAUGUAAUAAAAGAUUUAAAUACUUUCGCAAAGAAACACUCAGCUGUGAUAUUUAGGGAAUUAUUCAGUUACAUUAAAGAGAAAAAAAUUCCUGCCAAAAAGUCUGCUGCAGUUGUAGACUUUUCUAAUAUCGGUGAUAUCACAGGUUUUGUAAAAACUUGAUCAUGAUUUUCUAUCAUUUUUGCUUCAUUUGUAAUCUAAAAAAAAAGAUAUUUUUGCACUUUCCUAUUGAAGGCCAAAUGAAGUUAUAAAUGAUACAGAAAUCUGCUGUGGUUUAGUGGUUGUGUGAACUAAGAUGCAUUAAAUAAAAAAUUUCAUUUGAUAUGAAACACAGUAAUGGGGACAUGAAGCAUCCAUUUGUAACCAUAAAUAACAGAAAAUAAAUUGCAUUUGAUGCCUGUUCCUAAAAUUCUAAAAAUAUUUUGAAUUAUUUAUAUUGAAGGCCUACAAUUUGCUGUAUUAUUUAUUCUUUCUUAUAUAUCAUUUUACUUCAACUUUGUCCUAGGAUUUUAUUUUGAUUUAUGGUAGGUUGGUUAUUAAAUGAAAUUUCAUUUAAAUGAAUCAGUAAAAAUCAGUUGAAGAAAAUGAUAAGCUAAGUUUUAAAAUUGAUAUUCUAAUCAUAAUUAUUUAGUUAUUUUAAUGUAAUGUAAAAUUAAACUGAAGACAUGUACAUACGUGCUUUGUUGGGAAAAUUUUCUAGAGUAAAACUAAUUUGUUUUCUAGUGCAAUAAAUGUACAGUAAAGCAAGCUUGUUGACUUGAAUUGCUAGUUUUACUUUAUUAGGUUGUCCCAAAAUUUUAUUUCAUUUUAUUUGUAAGUAAAACAUCCAUAGUAUUGUAUGUUUUAAUGAAACAGUUAUAUGCAAUAGGUUUUGCUCUGUUAUAUUCUUUCAUCUUUCCAGAAGCUGCCAGGAAUGCUAUCUUUCCAAAAUUUUGUCAUUUGCUUGCAAUUCCAAAUAUACUUUUAUGUCAUUGACAUAUACUUUUUAUUGCAAAGAUAAUUAUAUAUUCUAAAUAAUUUUCUUCAGUAAAUAUUCCCUUCAUAUAAAUAAUAUUAUUUUUAAUGCACCAUUUCAAUUACAUUUUAUGUCAUUUACUGAUCUAACAUUUUAUUGCAAAUUGAAUUAUAUAAUGAAAGAAACAGAUAUUAGUUACAUGGGGCAAUAUUCCAAGAAUAUGGAGUUCGAGAUAGAACUUGUCAAAUGUUAACAAUUUGUUUCUAAUGGCUAAUGACAUAUGGAGCCUGAUAUUGUGGCACUUCAUCUGUGCAUUAUUGCCAUCAUUUUUAACUGAUUGUUUCUUUUAGUUUUCUGGGUUGGAAACAGCAUUUCACUGAAUUUGUUCAUCUCAUGGAAGCAUUUUAUCAUGUAUGAUGCCUUUCUGAUCCUUCCAAGUUUACAAGAAAAUUUUGUGUGAAGUUUGAUGCUUCCAAAGUUUGAUGUUUCCAAAGACUUAUCAUAUCUGUAUCCAAAGUGUUUAUGGUUAAAAUUUUUAUAGUGGGUUCUAGUUUUAUCUCCAAUUACUGAUCUCUUCAAGAAUUACUCUUGUCUGAAUUUGCUGAAAAAUCAACUACUCAUAUGGGGAAAUAUAAAGAGUUUAUUCUCUGCAGUAUGAUGGAGAAUUUAUAUUUCUGAGUGAUUGAUACAGCUGAGCCUUUUUCAUUUGAUUGUGUAUUGAUGUCACAUAAUAUUUCAUGCAUCAUCUGAUUCAUGAAAAUACCUGUAUUUGUAGUCAAUGAGUAGCCACUGAAGUCUUUAUCCUCCAGGUUAAAAUUCCUAGCUUGAGAUUUCUUAAAACAAGUAGGAAUUAUUUGAAUACUUAUAGCAUCACUUUCAUAAACUAUGCAAAUUUUAUUUUCAGUAUUUUUUCACUGUAUCAUUCACCAUUUUUACAGUAUGUACUUUGUUAUAUGUUUUGAUUUCUCAUGAUUCUAGCCUCAUUAUUUAUGUAUUCUUUUAGCUGUGAAUGCUUAAAAGCUUCAUGUCUCAAACUACAUUAAAUUACUCAGGGUUAUAAAAAUAAAUAGAUAGGAAAACAUGACACUGUGAAUACCUUGCAGACUUUCUGUAUGUUUUUGAUUUAUUGCCAUUUAAUCAAAGCCUGAGCAGUACAUUCAUUUCAAAAUGAAUCUGCUCAUCUUGUGGUUGAUAAACAGUGCAAAUUCAUAAUAAGUUGAUAUAAACUCCGUCCAUGCAUUACUUAUCAAGGAAAAAUCAUGCAAAAAUAUUAUUUUUUUAGAUAUAUAAUUAUAUUUUCUAGAAAUUCAUCAUUCUUUGUUAACUUAAUUACAAGUCACAUGGUGCAUAAAAUAAACAUAAAUGUUUGAAACUACUAUUUAGACAAUAUUUUUGUGAAUUAUAAUUGUGCACUAAAUUAAAAAAAAAUGUAAUAUGCUUUAUUGUACAGUUUAUUUAACAUUUAAAAUUUGUUUAAUUAAAAUGAAAGCUUUUAAAAUUUUUUUAACAAUAAUUCUUAUUUUUAGUAAAAAUAAUAAAAAAUAACCAAACCUGCAAAAAUAUAUAUUGUCUAUGAAGGAUAUAUAAAAUAGGUUUAGUAAUCUUAACUAUUAAUAAUUUAUAUUGCUGUAUGAAUAUGUUAGUGCUUAUGGAAAAUAUUUGAGUGGAAUGUAAUAUAAGUAAAAAUUUGAAAAUUGGCACAUUUAUAUACUUUUUAUAUGAAAUAAAUUUGCUGCCCAUGUGCUUAUGAAAUUUUAUAUUUAAAUAAAUGCUUUACGUUUUGAUCUGUUGAUAUUUAUUAUGUAGAAUUUUUUGUAAAAUGUGACUGAAAUAAACAGUAGCAGAUAAUGUGUUUAGAAAGUUCCUAUUUUAUACUUUAAUAUAACCUUUGAUCAAUUGAAUUAUAAUUAAUCAAGACUAUUUCUGAAUGGUUGGUAUAUUGUUAUAAAUUAUGUGUUUAGUUACAGGUAAUUAAUAACAUAUUUUAUUUUUUUGUAUUUAUUAAAUGAUACAAAAUCAGUCAUUAUAUGUUGGCCAUGUUUUAUAUUCUUAUUUUCAAAUUAAUUUUUUUAGUCUUUUUAUGUGAAUUUAUGUGUAUUUUCACAUUUUAUGAUUGCUCAAUUUUUUAAAAGUAUAUUUUUGUGUCAUUUGCUCAUAUAAAAGUUGCUCUACCUCUAUGUAGGGAAAUGUUUAGCGUAAUAGCAAUGCCUUUUUACAGCAGUUUUCAAAAUUCAUAUGUGCAAUACUAGUUAUUUCAUAUUAGCAUAUUAUUAUUUGUGCUUAGUAUUUUAAUCUCCUAUAUAAGCAUCACUCUGAAAUUUUGAUAUACACAUAGACUUUUAAUGUUUUAAACUUAUGAAAUUUUAAAACUGUUUAAAGUAGUCUCUUCCAGCAUCAAUGCAUUCCAACAAUGAAUGCUGACUUCUACUACUUAUGUUGAUAAAGUGAAGAACUGGCAUUUAAACAACUAUCACUGAUCAAUUUCCAAAGCGUUAUCUAACAUCAUGAUGGCAUCAGAUAUUAUGCUGUUUUAAGUACUUGACAAAAUUUACUGGUACUUGAAUUGGGAAGUAUUAACCUACGAGUAUAUGCUAGGCAAAUUUUUCAAAGAUUAAAUGCCUCAGAUCAUUCGUUUCGUGAAAUCAAUGAAAAAAAUGCAUUUUUAGCCUCAGCAAUUUCAUCUUCAGAAUUCACAUAAGCUCAUUUUUGCAUUAAAAAAUAGCCAAAAGUCGCACAUAGCUAGCUUGGGUGAAUAGGGUGGAUGUUCUAUCACUGGUGAUCUUGCUAAAUGAGAAGAUGCAUUGUCAUAGCGGAGCAUGAUUCCUUUAACAUUCACUACUUGAAGAAUUCCUGGAAGAUACUUAGUGGUGUACCAGUUAGCUGUGACUGUCUUCUGUCCUUUCAGCUUGAUGGCUUUGACCAGUCCUGUAUUUCUGAAAAAAUGGCAUACAUUUCUUUUUCCAUGGCACAUUGUCUUUUCACCAACCACUAUGGCCAUGGGAUCAUCUUCUAAGACCCAUACUUUAUUUUCUUGAUAUAUUGGAACAUCAAAAAAUGACAUCAUCACCAGUUACGAUUUUUGAAAUAAUACGGUGGCCACCAUCUUUAAGUAAUUUAAGGGUUUCUUUACUGAUUCUAAUAUGGUUCUCUUUUUGUUGCUCAGUUAAAUUAUGGGAAACCUGAGGCAAACUAGUUUUUUCAUAUGCAGUUCUUCAUGAAUAAUUUUAUGUAUGGUGGUGUAUCCCAUGUUAAGUUCCUUCUGAUUUAGUAUGUGCCUUGAUUAAAGUUUUUCCAUAUAGCAGACACAUUAUCUGGGAUUACUGCUGACAACAGCAUUCCUGUGUGUUCUUCAUCCUAAAGACAGUUACAACCUUUGAGAAAUUCAAUAAAAUAUCUGAAUGCAGUAGCAUGAGAUAGACCUUCAUUCCAAAAUGUUAAUUUAAUUGUAGAUGUUGAACACAUUCUUCUUGAUUUCAUCCCACAUUAAAAUCAUAGAAAAUCGCAGCAUGAUGAUGUUCUCGCAUCAACUCCAUUUUUCCUUCUGCCUAAAAUUUAUUCUUUGCUGAGCUCCUUGCAACUGGAUGAUAAAAAAUCAUUUGCUAGGCUAAAAUAGUUCAUAUUUUCAAAUAUAACCAUUAACUUUUUUCUUCCAUUUAUUGUCAGUGUGUCUCUCAAAAAUUUUAAAGUAACCUACUUAUCUAUAAAUAUAACCUCUAUUUUUAACUUCUUACAUUUAUAUCUAUAAACAUUAUUAUUCAAUUAUAUGCAAAUGCUUUUUCUUGGCAUUUUCGCUUUCAUCUGUGUUGCAAUGGAUUAUACCUUAAUGUACAAAUGAUACUUAUCAUAUCCACAUUAUGUUUUUAAUAUGCAUUGAAACUUAUUUUUUUUCAGUUUUAAAUGCAAAUGAAGUUAAGUAGCCUACAUACAAGAUAUAUCAUCUUGUGUAGAAUAUUUUUUUCCCUGCUUUCUUUCUCUCCCCCCCCCCAUUUCAUUAAAAUUUUUAACUAAAAGGGUUAUGAAUUAAUUUAGUAUAACUUUUCUGACUGAAAUGAAACGUUACUGUGUGUGUAAAAUAAUAUAUUUACUUUAUCAACUACUGCUAACAUAUUAAUAUAUAUUUAUAUUAACUAUACUACUUAUAACUAGAUUUUAGUGUGAUAAAAUAUUAACUUUUUGAACAAUUUUUGUACGAUUUAGUUUUUAAUUUCAUAUUCUUUAUUUUUUAAAUACCUUUUGAAGUUUUUUCUAAUUAUCUGAGUGACAUACUUUUUAGAUCUGCUCAUGAAAAGCUGUUCAUAUACAGAAUUAUUCAUUUACAUUUUUAGGUUUGUAUUAUUUAUUUUACUCUUUAUUUUCAUAACCUUCCAUUCAAUAAGAUGGUGUGAUUUAGAUCAUUAAAGAAAAUAAGAAGAUGAAAAAUUUUAACUAACAAGGUAAUAUAUACUAUGUGACAAAAGCAUAUCAUGAAUGGGUAAUAGUUGACCAUUUAAAAAGAAAACAUGUUUUCAGCUUGAUAUAAUUUGGUGAGUGUGUUAGGCAUUAUUUUCUUUUGUGCAUUAAAAACUAUUUUCUGUAGUUUUCAUUUUUAGCUCCGCAUAUGUAUUUUUAACAGUUUACUUAUCUAAUAAAAGUUCCUAAUACUUUGCAUUUUGAAAUAUUUAGAACAAGAAUUUUAUACAAAUGUUAUACCUGAUCUUUCUUUCUCCCCAGAUGUUUCUUUAUUCUUCUGCCAUGUAAUUUAGAAUAACUAUUUGCAUAGGAUUUUUCAUAAAAUACUGGCAUGCAUAUAGCAGUGAAAAUUUAUUAACUUUCAUGUAAACUAAUUUGAAUUUGUACAAAAAUUAAAUUAUGGACAGACAUGUAACGAACAUGCAAAUAAGGAUUUGGUGUUAGUAGAUAUUAUUACAUAUUUUAACAUCAUGCAUUCUGUCUUUAUCAGUUAAGUGACAAAAGGUGUAAUUUGUGUAUUUAUUAAAUUAUGUGAAAUUUCUUGAUUGAAAGUUAUUGUUUUGCAAAGCUGAAGAAACAUAACCUUUACAUGUUACUAAGGAUGGCUUCUCAUAUGUUAUACAUUUUUUAAAAACACUAUUCUCAUUUCUGAUUGAAAAAAAUAUUUUCUUGAAGUUACCUUAUAAAAAGGUAACAUAUUGAAUGAAAUCAGGUAUCAGAAUUUUAUAUAUUUUAAAACUUUUCACAUUAAAAAUUUCCAUAUUAAAAAUAAAUAGAUAUUUAUUAAAUGUUGGUUGUGUAAGCGUUUGACAUGCUGAUGAUAAAGCUUGUAUUUAGCUAAGUAUCGAAUAUGAAUAUUAGAUCAGAAUUAUAUUCUAUGAUAUCAAUUCUAUUAAGCAACAUAAUGGCUACUUUUGUAUGAAUUAACAUAAAAAAUUAAUUCCUCAUAGCCAAAAAAUUUAUUUCAGCAACCGAAUCUAAUUUAGCAAAUGUGAAAAAAAAUUCCUUCAAAUUUCAUUCUUUGAUAUUUGGAUUGUUAAUUCAAAAUUUCUAUUAUCAUAAAGAUUACUCUGACAUUAGGCUGCCUUUCUAAAUUUGAACCAAUGAAAGAAAAGAAAUUUUAAAAGCUUGUGCAAUUCUUUACAAUUAUACUGCAGUUCAAAUAACAAAUUCAGUGUAUUUUCACUGAAAUAACUCAAAACAUUCCAUUUAUGUUAUUACUGUGCAUGAAUUUUUUUUUUCCAUGUUUAGUGUUUAAUAGUUUGGAAUAUUUAUAUUCUAUCUGAAAGUUUGUGUGUAAGCCAUAAAAAUUUCAUUUGAAUAUGUAUUUAUGUAAAACAAUCUGUACAUGUUUCUAAAAACAGAAUAAUGCAUUUUAUGUUCUUUGCCAAAUGUAAUGUGAUCAAGAAAUACUGUUUUAUAUUUCACAUGGAUGUAUGUAAUUGUGCAAAUUUUUUCAAUUUCUUAAGUUAUAUAAUGCAAUAAUAAAGUAAUAGAAAAGAAAA